AAAGCUGUUGGCUGCUCCUCUCCAGGCGCGCAGAGCCGUCCACAAACUUUGAUGAGCUGUUACCUUCAGCAGGACAACACAAACAACCGGGGAUACAUUAUUAAAUAUUACAUAUUGUGGUUAAUUUAACGGGAGCUUGCGCUGAUUCCUGUGGAUAAAGCCGGACAAACAGGUGCGACGAUGGAAAACACCCCGGUUGAAAUUUUCAAAGAAGACAGUAAGUGCCUGUCCACGCUGCUGGAGGACUGUCCGCUCAAUUCCUCCACCGCCUGGGUGUCCGGGUCCUCAGAGAGCCGCAACGUGAGCCACGACGAUGGCUGGGAGUCGGAGAGCAUGUCCCCCAUCAUCCCCAUCAUCACCGCGGUCUACUCCGUAGUGUUUGUGGUCGGUUUGCUGGGCAACUGCCUCGUCAUGUAUGUCAUCAUUAGGUACACGAAGAUGAAGACAGCCACCAACAUAUACAUCUUCAACCUGGCCCUCGCCGACGCCCUCGUCACCACCACCAUGCCCUUCCAGAGCACCGACUACCUGCUGAACACCUGGCCCUUCGGCGAGGUCGUGUGCAAGGUCUUCAUCUCCAUCGACUACUACAACAUGUUCAUCAGCAUCUUCACCCUCACCAUGAUGAGCGUGGAUCGCUACGUGGCCGUGUGCCACCCGGUAAAAGCCCUGGACUUCCGCACUCCGAUCAAAGCCAAGAUGAUCAACGUGUGCAUCUGGCUCCUGUCGUCGGCCGCGGGGAUUCCGGCAUUUAUUCUGGGUGGCACCCAAACAAACAGCGACAUAACUGAGUGUGCCUUACAGUUCCCCGAGCCGUACGUGUACUGGGACACUCUGAUGAAGGUCUGCGUGUUUGUCUUCGCCUUCGUCGUGCCUGUGCUCAUUAUCACCGUGUGCUACUCCCUGAUGGUGCUGAGGCUGAAGAGCGUCCGAAUGUUGUCCGGCUCGCGCGAGAAGGAUCGCAACCUGCGCCGGAUCACCAGACUGGUGGUGGUGGUGGUGGCCGUGUUCGUGGUCUGCUGGACGCCCAUUCACAUCUUCAUCCUGAUCAAGGCGCUCGUCAGCGUGCCGGAAACCACCGCCAUCAUGGCCGCCUACUUCUUCUGCGUGGCUCUGGGCUACACCAACAGCAGCCUCAACCCUGUGCUCUAUGCCUUCCUGGACGAGAACUUCAAGAGGUGUUUCAAAGACUUCUGCCUCUCGGCCAAACUGAAAGGGGAGAGGGUGUCUGGGGGCAAAAAGGCCCCGAGCACAGUGCGGGAGGCCUCCGUUCCCCGGGAGAACCAAGGCGGGACUAGUAAACCGACAUGACUAGCAGUGGAACUGUCUUCAAUUUCCCACAUCGGAAAAGAAGACUCACACGACCUGGGCUUAACCCACAUCACGUCAGCAAUGUAGAAUCCAUGACUCUAUUGCAAAGGUUGACUGGAUUUAUUUUUAUCACCCGAAGUUUAAUCCGUGCCAACGUCGGUGAUUUCGUUUCAGAGCUCAAAUGAAAGUUUCAAAUCAUACAUUGUAUAUAAUCUUUUCCAUCAAUCCACAUAGAAUCAAAAACACAAACCGGCUCUGCAUGAAAACAAUCUCAUCGUCCUCCUCUGCUCUGACUUCAGCCUCUCGAAGCAAUUUACUUCCUCGUGGAAGAUUGUGUGUAUUUAUUAUCUAAACGUUCAGGUGGAUUUAAAGUGGGGGAGGGUUUGUUUAUGCUGGAAAAGAAAACCUGAUGGGAUUGAAACUUUUUUCUUUCCUAAGAUUAAUAUUAUGAUUUAUUGAACAACAUUGAUAAACUUUAUAAAUGAUUAAAUCUUCAACUAGUUACAUUUAUUGGUUCAAGUCUAAGAUAGUCAAUUUAAUAACUUUGUUCUUUUGAUUGGACGAAAAAUACAUUUUUUAAGGCAUUGUUUUGGGCCGAGGGAAAUGAUAACCGACAUUUUCACUAUUUUUCGCCCCCAAAAAGUUGCAUGUCCCAAACAUACUACAUAAGAGGUCAGAAGAAUAUAAUUUGAUAUAUAUAUAUGUAUUAUUUUAGUUGUAUUUUCUUCACACCUCUCUCCUCCUCCUGUCAUUUCUGCCUAUAUUUUUUUUCUAUGACCAAAUGUGCCUUUGAUAGUCCAGGAUAAGAUGUUUGUAGCAGCGGGAAAUGAUUUCAGGGAUGAUUACUGAAGAGUACAUGUAUAAUAUUUUCAGAUCUGUGCCAAAAGCUUCUGAAGUCAUUGAGAUGGGGAAAAAAAAUUGUUAGCAGGUGAAUCCUGGACUUGAAUGUGCAUUUAAAAUUUGACAGAGGGCUCUCUAUCAGCUUUGACUCUGGAGUUGUGUCCAGAUGGAUAAGUUGUUAAAUUAUAUAUAUAUAUAUAUAUUUCAAUCACG